UUGAAUCAACGUUUGUUUUGUUUGGAUUUCGACAUUUCGUUGCUCAAAGUUGAUAAAGUUUUAUUUAAUUAUUGUACUUCCUUAGUUUCAAGUUAAAUACUGGGAGGAUAUAUGCAAAUAGAGAUGACUACAUUCGAGAAUUUAUCUCCGUCUCAAAAAGUUCGAGCGUCACUCCAUCGCGAUGUCCGAGGAAUAUGCACAGAAACCUUACAUCUACUUGGAAUGGACAUGACAAAGCCAGCUAUGGAAAUAGUAGCGGAGCUGGUUUACAAGAAACUAAAAAUAUAUGGGACAGAUUUAGAAGCCUUUGCCAAACAUGCCAAACGCAAUACAGUUAAUUCUGAAGAUGUGAAACUUCUGGUCCGAAGAAAUACUUCAUUGAAAUCACACCUAAAUAAAAUACAACCAUCAAACCCUCUAACAAAAGACAAACGACGAAAAACCAUCGCCACUACUAAACUGACUACACCAUCAUCUACUAGUAAAUCUAAAGAAAUCAGACCUCCUGAAGAUAGUCAUCUAAAUCAGACAGGAUCAAAAUCUAAGGAAACUAGACCUGAAACUAGGACUGAAGAAGAUGAAACAGAGAGAGAUGUAGAAACAAAUGAAAGAGAGGAUGAGAGAAAAGACGAUGAUGAUUCUAUCGAGAAAAGGAUGGCGAAUGAAGUGGAACAGAUGUCGGUGGAUGAUAUUGUUGAUCUUACUUUUGACUGAAAUACAUUGCACAUAC